UCAAUAAGCUUUCUGCGCAGAGCACACCCAAGGCUCGGCCCUUGCAUCAAAGCGUGCAAAUUGCAAAUUAUCACAUCGCAUUUCAUACUUUUCGUCUUUAAUUAAAAAGUGCGAAAAUGUCGCUGCAAAUUCUGGACCCAGAGAGUGUCGACUACGGCAAGUCCAAAGUGAACGAAGAGCUGGAUUUUUUGGCAUCGGGUGGCGCAAACGGCGGCAGCGGUCUAUUAGGCGCAACAACACGACUCACAGGAGAUCACGCCGCAGAUAGCAACUGUCCACAAACAGGUCCGACGGGCAGAGCGGGCGACUACGUCCAGAUUGAUCGAGUCACCUACUACGUCGAUGCGGCCAGCCAGGUGAAUUAUUUUGAUGCGACCGAAACUUGUGACAAAAUGGGCAUGAGGCUUCUUCGAUUAGAUACUUUAGCUAAAAGGAAACUGAUUAUUUCCACAUUAAAUGAAACUGCAGCUUUUAGUGAUAAGUACAUCUGGACUUCUGGGCGGCGCGGAGAGAACGUUUACUCCGGUGUGUGGUUUUGGGGUUACAACGUGACGCUUGGUACUCGGAUAAAAAAGUUUGACUGGGCUCCUGACAUGCCCUUCUGGCCCGCACACGACUACACAAGUUGCAUUUCCUUUUUGCCUAGGUUGGGCGCCUGGGAGGAUCACUUGUGCGAAUACGUACAAAUGGGAUUCAUAUGCCAACCGCUGAAACACUGAAUUGAAAAAUAAAUUAAUAAAAUUUUUCAAAAAGUUGUGAUGAGAAUUCUUUGCCCUAAUUUUUGUUCACUUGGCACGAAGGAGGGCGAUCAAAGCUAACACGCUGCCAAAUUCGCAAAUAAUGCCGGGAAAAUUGCCAGUUGGCAGAGCCAAAUCUCACCAAAUCUCUCUUUAAUCAGCCUGUGGCGUGGGCGGGCGUUUGCUUUGUUAUUUAAAUUUUGAAAUCAUAUUGCACAUAGAAGAGAAAUAUUAAAAUUAAAAAAAUUAUCAUGUAACUUUAUAUUUACAAAUUUAUUCUGA